AUGGCUUCCGCUACUAUGAGACCAAGUACACCACCACCUUCCACUUCCCUCAAAACUCCAUCAACACCACGAUUCGGCUACGAUGAUAAUUACGAACCGUAUUCGCCCAGAAAAUCAAGUCGAGUAGCUUCAAGGGCAAUUCGUAACGCGGUUACUCCACCACCUCCAUCUAUUAAACAUAAUAUUCGCAACAGUCUUUCUACUCCGCAAUCAACACCUCGAGUCGCUAGAAAAGUUGUCUUCUCUGGUACACCUCAACAUAUUCACUCGUCGCCGCCUAAAUCUCCUCAAAUUGCGACUAAACGACGCGCACCCAAAUCGUCUACCACAAUUGCCGGCCGACAAGUUUCUGGCGCAUUAAAUCUCGGCAGCACCUCAUCCGCAGCUACAGCUCUCGGUCUCACUCCUAAAGAUAAGAAAAAAGAGCAAAAAAUGGACAACCAUCAACGAUCUGGUGCGAUGGUUCGCGGCGACGGUAUGCUACCAACACCUUCUAAAACCCCACGCCAUCCCAAACAAACGGAGGAAUUGAAGCAAGGAAUUAAUGCGGUUUCACGUACUCUUUUUACCUCGAUCCAUGCCGACAAUUCUGCGGAUGCGAUGCCAAAACCCAAGAAGAAUCGCAAGAGAUACGAUAAUUUUGACUUUGGAAGCUCAUCUGCAGAUGAACCAAUUGCUAUAUUCACCGACUCUGAGGACCGCAUUCCAGAGGUUGACAGCCAUGCCGAUAAUCCUUUCCUUGGUAGUAGCCCUCCACAAAAUACUAGAGGCAGAAGCCGCAAACCCAAGUUGAUUCACGUUCCAGGAGAGGAGGAUCAAACAAUGGAGCAGCUUAUGGGUCGUGAGGAUGGACACGUUUCUAAUUUCCGUGGUAAACUUAUUUUCAAGAAGAAUUCAAACGCAUCCGCAAGUCACAGUCCAACCCGAGGUGCAGGUCGUGCUGAAGUUAUGAUUCUCGAUCAAAGCUUUGCAGGCGAAUUUAAUGGACCUGUUACACGUUCAUGCAGACGUCAAUUGUUCACCAACAAUCGCAGAGCACCCGUCAUUCCACAGGUUCAAGUCUCCACCGAAGACGAAGAGGAAGCUUUGACUGAUAUCGAGGAGAAAUUUGAGACCGAUGCGACAGAGAGUGAUGCUGAACUACGCACUCCAUCCCACAAUCAAGGUCUUAUGACUCCGGAUGCACCAAGAUUUGGACCUUCAUCUUCACCCACUAUCAAAAGAGCUACACGUGCUACAAAGAGAUAUGAUGUUGUCGAUUCGCCAGUAACUCCCCCACGCCGUGGCCGCUCCCACGUUACUAGCCCAUCCAAGUCUUCUGGAAGUGACAACAACUUCGAACGCGCAACCAGAAAGCGAGAUGGAGAAUCUGUUUCGAGACCUACCGAGGAAGUGAAGAGAGCACGCAACUAA